GCACACGAGUCCGAGUAACCUUGAUAGAAGUUUCGAUCGAGCCGGCCAGAAAAACCGGUCGGCUUGUGUGCGACCACAUUUAUUUACACAAAUGUAAAUGCGAGUGGUCGAAGAGUAAAACGUCAAUCCCCAAACUCGCGGCGUUCGAAUUUCGAAUUCUCAGCAGUCAUUGCACUCUGGAAGUUUUGUCGGAGAGAUAAAUAUAGACAGAUAAUUUUAUCUAUGCCCACGGUAGCAUUGGACCAGAUAGAAAAAAUAAAAUGACCUAAAAAAGUUUGGUUCUUUUUUUUUUUUUUUUUUUAAUUACUUAGGCGUCGUUAUCGAUAUUGUACGAGCCACCGACCUACACAGCUGAAAUUGAUCGAAUCGAGUAUAAAACUUGUCGCUUAACACGCGGAUACUCCAUCAUCCGUAAAAAAAUCUUCGAUUCUCUUCCGAUUAAUGGGACUGGAAUUCGUGAAUUCGCGUUAAAUUGAUUUUCAAAAGAUUCCAAAUAACGCGUCGAUCAGGGAAAUACUACAGAUACGAUUAUCAUCUGCAAAUGAUUCAGCAUGCACAACGCGCAGUUAGAAAUAACUGUUUUAUCUAUAAUUCGUGGAACCAUAAUACUAUCGUAGAGAAGUGGAUAUAUCUAUACACGUAUCGUGUAAUUAUAACUGCACCGAUGCGUCGAGUAAUUAAUUCCGCGUUGAAUUAAUUGAAAGUCAUAACGGAAGAACGGAACUCCGUGGCGGAUAAGUAAUAUGAAUUUCUAAAGAACCUGCGUCAAUAAAAUCUCGAAAGAAUCUUACGCACUGGUUUAUUUUUUCACACGAAACGCGUGUACGCGCGUACACACAUCGCGUAGUGAGGUGAAGGGAUUAGUUGUGAGAUUGACACAUGUCAUGUAAUUGGACGUCUCCCCGGUGCGGUCGUUGAUGACAGUAGAUGAUACGAUCAUCGUCGUUUACUCGGUGGUUUUUAAAGACAAUGAAAACACUACGGAUGUAUUAGUAAUCGACGAAACCACGAGGACAAGCGUCAGUCCUAGCGACUUUGACGUUUGUAAUCGGGGAUUUUGGCUACAACGAUUCGUUACAGAUUCCUUAGCAAUCGUGCGGUCAGUUUUACAGCACGAUGAAUACGUUUAUAAAUACAAAGGAUGAAUUUAUCCCUAUUGUGUCGCGCAAUAGUUUUAACCGGGGAGUCUGCAAAAGGUCAAAAAUCAGAGAUGGGAUUCCUUCGAAUACGAGUCAACAUGCACCUGCGUGCGUUGAACGUGGCGAAUCCGACACGUCUGUAUAGGUAUACUGAAUUACGGGACGCGACGUCAUGACCUGGAGAGAGGAAAAUCGAUGACGUCUGCGAGGCGCAUCGAGAACCAGAUAAAAAUCUCCAAACUAUUUAUAAAUUUGCCAUUUCCUCGUGUGGUAUUUCAUUCACGCCGGUCUUCGCACGGGGCAACUCGUAAAUUCGGCCCAACUUUCCGUGACGUCAAAAGUUACCGUUCCGAGACUGAUGUUAUUGGGGAAAAUUGAAGACCGCACUUUCUUUCUAAAGGAACGCAAAUAAUGUCCAUGCUAAUAAUAGAUUCCUGAUAUGGUAUGAAAAUCGAACGGAUUAAUUGGACCGACAAAAUUUUAUUGUUAUCGGCGUUUCCUUCGUUACAUAAACGCGUACGAAUACGUAAAUCAAAUUCCGCGAUCAGAUAUCAAGAGGAAAAAAAAAGUAAAAAGGAAAAGAAAUUGGUAACUAAGUUCAUCGAAUGGAUUUCUGCCGAUUUCAUCAAAAUUUUCCUCUUUCUUUCUACUCCAACGUUAAAAAAAAAUACAAGAUAGAAACGUACGGAAAUCACCUGCAUGAUUUCAUGUGUGGAAAUUCGCAUCUCGAUAAUGACUCGAAAAUCCGACGUAAUUUUGUUCUUUUAUGGGAAUUAAAUUUCCGGGGGGGUCGUGAAAGUUUGAGGUAAAAAUCCCGAAUCUGGAUUGCCCUGCAGCCGGAUCGGGAUUGUGGUGCGGGCACCCGGGAAACCCCCGGAACGGUCGGGUAGAUGACACAUCUGACGGGCAAAAAUCCAUCCUCCACUCUUCUGCGCCCUCAUCAGCAAUUUACUUAAAGACCAGCAAACCAUCGCUUCCUAAGUCAUUCCGUGAUCGUAACUAUCGUAGUUCACCCGUCAUUGAGGAUACUCUGGAAUUUUUUAAAAACGUAUUUACCAAAGUAUUUCACUCGUAAGAUAACAGAAGUUGCUUGAAUUUCAAUUAAAAACUUGUUUAACGAUCGGUUGGAUCAGAUCAUCGGUCAAAAUCAUCGAACAUCAAAAAGAGUGAAUCUCAGAAACUACAGUACGCAUUGUACGUCGGAGUGUCCACGACGAAAUUUUCGGACAUAAAUUUAAUCACGAUGGAUUAUCAUUCCUGUAUAUUCACCGGGAUGAUCCUGAUAGCCCUUGCCAGCGUCAUCCUUGGGAAUUCGCUUGGAGAAUCGCGUCAGGAUAAUUCCCUCGCACAAAAAUCGUCGGAAAUUACACCCAUCAAUUUGGUGAACUGUAGCAGCGUCGCUCCAGAUUUGGAUUAUCAGUGCGUAAAAAUUGAAGAUUGUAAAACGAAGGGUCGUCGAAGCAGCAGAAAAUUUUGCAAAUGGUCAGGAAAAGCAACUCACAUGUGUUGUUCGCAAACGGGAGAUAAAUCUGCUGAAAAAUCUGCCCCACGAAGAUACAAAAGAUGGGGUUCAUAUUUUGAUGAUGACUGUGAUACUCCUUCAAGAUACAUUCGCGUGAACGACGACUGGGCGUUCGAGAACGAAGAUUACGAGGAGCCCUGGACGAAACCUAAAAGUUACCGGAGCCGAUUCGGUCACAACUAUCACGAUCGUCGCGAUCAUCGUCAUUAUCAUCAUUACCACGAUUACAAAGACGACGUAGAAACCUUCAACGCGAACGACGAUUUCGACUACUCUCCGGAAAGGAAUGAACCAGAGUGCGGGGUUUUAGCAACGGAAUCGAGCGGACGGAUAGUAGCUCACGCCGUCGGAGGUUCACCCGCGAAAACAGCAGCGUCCAGUCCUUGGAUGGUCGCCAUUGGUGAAAAAAAGGAAAACGAAAUCUUAUGGUUUUGCGGUGGUUCUUUGAUAAGCCGGGAAAUCGUGCUUACGGCGGCACAUUGCGUUACAAGAAGGAAAGCGGACUUCGCUAGGGUCGGCGAGCUUGAUUUAAAUUCAGACAUGGAUGCGGCAGAGCCACAGGAUUACGAGAUUGAAUCAUCGGUUGUUCACCCGAAUUACGAAAGCCCUCGUCAUUAUCAUGACAUAGCUAUAGUGAGGUUGAGGACUCCGGUAAGAUAUUCAGAGUUCGUGAGGCCGAUUUGUCUUCCUUCGAAUAAAAGAAAUCUCUACGCGAACUCCCGAGUCACACUUACCGGAUGGGGUGUCGUCGAAUUCGGAGGCGAGAGAAGUCCCGUUCUGCAGGAAGUGCAGAUACAAACUAUGAGCAACGCGGAGUGCAAUCGGAGGUACGGUGAUCCUGAAACCGUAAGGAGCAACGUGGCUGCUUUACCCGAGGGAAUAAUUUCCUCCCAGUUGUGCGCCGGAGAUGCAUACGGAGGAAGAGAUGCUUGUCAGGGAGAUUCCGGAGGACCGAUCGUACUGAAGGAAGGAAGGAGGCGCAUAGUUAUAGGAAUUGUGUCCUCAGGCUUGGGGUGCGGGUCGAAAAUAUUCCCAACAAUUUAUACGAGAACAUCUCAUUACAUUGAUUGGAUUCGCCGUUUCCUUUAAACCUCAUGAUAUGUGUAAUGAUCAUCCCUUCACUCGCCUUAAAAAUUUUAAUGGCGCGAUGAUCUCAAUUCUUGAAAAUACUCAUCAGGCUGCAAGGCUUUAUUGCUGUAAAUAUUUGAUUUAACAAAAAAAAAAAAUUAACUGAACAAUCAUCCCACAAAUUGAUAACGUUAUGAUUACCACAUUAGAAUUAUAAGAAUGUAUUUUUAAGCUGUUCAAAUGUAUGAGUUGAAUUUUCUUA